AUGGGGGAAGUCACGAGAAACACCAUCGACACUUUGAUUAAAUUUGGAGCUAGAUCCAUCUUGUCACACUUAUCUAAAGACCAAAUUAACUCACUAGUAACUUGCACUAAACACAUUUUCCAGAAGUACACCUUCUGUUCGAAGAAAAUCGAGAAGACGUACUCCAACAACGCACUGACUAUUCUUCUCAAGUAUGGUAACCGAGAGAAGGACUUUCAUGCUUGCUACCAGCUCCUGAUUGACAAAGGGAUUAAUGUCCAACAGGCCGACUCCAAAGGUGUUACUCCGUCUGAUCUCAUCUGGAAACUCCACGACGACAAACUAAAUCGCCUCCUGAAAGUGAGAAGUGCGUUCCAAGACAAUUUCAAAGACAGUUUUGGGUUGUUGCGUUUGAACAGCAUCAACAGAUUCAUUUCCAUGGACUUGAGUCCAGGCGAAGCCAACUCUUUGGACGGGAAAGACGAAAACGUGUCCAGUUGUACCUUGUUGCAGGUGUGUUGUGCCAAAGGUAUGACAGCUUGCGUCAAACAUCUUCUAGAAAAAGGGGCUUCUCCUAGCAAAGUUACCAAAAAGAAUCCGGAGCACCCGAUCGUGAUAGCCAUCAAUGGGGAUCACGAGGAGAUGGUUAAGGUGUUCUUGAGCAGACACGACGUCGUUCUACCCGACGAUAUCCUCCUCCAACUCCAGAUGUUGUACAACAACAAGAAGAAAGUUUCGACGGCUGAUAAGUACAUGAAGAUGAUUCUUAAGAAUUUGCGUCGCUAUGAUAAAGAAACUCUUCAGAAGUAUCUUCGUGCUAGGGACGAUUUAGAGCGGACUGCUCUUCACUACGCUGUUCACUAUAAGUGUACGGUUACUACGUUGAGUCUGUUAUCUAUGGGGGCGUCUCUUAUUAGUGAAGACAUCUUCGGGUACACCCCUCUCAGUUCCAUCGAUGCGCACGUGUUGGAGAAAUGUUUCACCAGUUGUAUCAGUGCCGUCCAAGAAGACGAAACCCCGACAGGAUUUUUCCAGAAGAAAGCCCAAUAUUCGGUCAAAAUCGACUACGGGAAUUUGAUUUCCAAAGAGAAGGACGUGCAAGAGUCCCAGUUUUUGUACCAGAUGAUCGGCGUGCCGGGUUUGAACCAUCUGAUGAACCAUCCGGUUGUGGCAAGUUACCUGAUUUUAAAAUGGGAGAAGUUCAAGUGGUGGGUUUACCUAAACCUGAGUCUGUAUUUCGUCGCGUAUGUGUCUCUUCUCUUCGACGGGUUGUUCAAAACGUCGCACUUCCUACAAACCUCGAACGUACUGCUUUGGAUAGCUUAUGCUGUUCUACUGUGUCGCGACUUAUCUCAACUCUUGAUUUUUAGACUAAGCUACUUGAAGAAAGCUGAGAGCAUCAUCGAUCUUUCUCUAAUCGGAGCUGUAACUUACAUUGUCAUCGACAGUUGGAUUUCGACUACUACAGACAACAAGAACCUCUUAGUAGCUCACUCCGUGGUAUUUUUAACAUCUACAAUAGGAAUUUUCAACCAACUGGGCAACGUUUCGUAUUUCACCAUCAAAGUGGCGAUGUUGCGCCAAAUCUCAGCCAAUUUCGCCAAAGCUAUGGCCUUCUACAUCUUCCCAGUUGUAGCUUUCUUCUUUUGCUUCCACGUGCUGAGUGAAAAAGAGCACGCUUUCUUCGAUUUGCUCUACCACACUGUGACGAUGUUUGCGGGAGAUGCAGACGGUGAGUUUCCUGAACAACAGUUUGAACACAACCCGAUUUUUGGGAAGACGAUCUACAUAAUCUUCGUUGUUUCCAUGGGGAUUAUUUUGCACAACCUCUUGAUUGGUCUGGCGGUCAGCGACUUGCAAGAAAUACGAAAACAAGCGGAGUUUCUUUGCAAGAAGGAACACGCAAAGUAUGUGGUCAAAGUCGAACAAAUUAUUUUUAGCCAGUUUAAGAACUCCAAACUCUUGAAACCUUUAUUCCAGAACAUACUUGCUUAUCUAUACGUGUUUAAAAAAAUUCGUGCCUGUCAAGGAAGGCUCACGUGCCAAAAAAAAGAAGAUACAUGA